AUGAUCGCCUUUUGGCUCUCGCCUCUACGAACAUGCACGCAGUCACAACUACUUGCCGCUGCAUUUAAGGGCAACUUCAAAGAAUCCGAAGAUUCUACUAUCGUCCCUGAGGACGAUGAACCGGAGAUGGUGGAUGUUAUGGUCAGAUUCCCCUACGAGCAAGCUCUUGAUCUGAAUGCCACCGAAAUCGGCAGUCUGCUGUUUUUGGCUGUCAAGGUGUACGCCAUCAGAGACAAAUACGACAUCGGCGCUCUAUCAGAACUAGCAAAGAACGAGUUCGAAGAAGUUGUCGGUCGAGCUAAGGAAUAUACUUCUUUCAUUCCAGCCCUAGGAAUCAUCUACAAGCAAACACCCGACCGCGCCUUGAAAGAUAUCGCCAUCAAGGUCGUCACAGCACAUAUCGACAAGCUUCUUGCCAAGAGAGAGUUUAUAGAUUUAUACGAGGAUAUUGGGGCUCUCGCUCUUGAUGUUCUGAAAGCAACUAGAGAGCCUGGCAACAGAAGUAAUGACCCUCCAGGGUAUUAUUUCGAUACAUGCUGGGGUUGCGGCGGCAAGCUCGUUGCCAACUGUUUCGGCAUGAUGAAAAAAUAUGGGCGCUUAUCAAUCCACUGUCCCAGCUGCCUCGCACCCAGCUUGUCCAUUGUUCACUUAAGCUUUGACUAG